GCUAGCUAGCUGUAUACUGUCCCACCGUGUACAUGUACACGACGAACGCUCAUAAAUUAAUCUAGAAUUUCAUCCAAAGAUCCUCCGUUUUUUAUGAAAAUCACUCCAUAGAACCAAGAUGACGGUUUACAGUGUAUAUAUUAUCAACAGAGCAGGUGGUUUAAUAUACCAACUAGAUCACGCAAACCCCAAAACAGAAGUGGAAAAGACGUUCAGCUACCCGCUUGAAUUAACGCUGAAGAUCAUGGACGAACGAGUGGUGGUUGCGUUCGGCCAAAGAGACGGGAUACACGUUGGACACACUGUGCUUGGCGUGAAUGGAGAGCAGGUCAAAGGUCGUCAGCUGGAGGAUGGCCGUGAAGUUCUGGAAGUGAUAGCCAAUCAGGAGAAUUAUCCGAUAGCGAUCAGGUUUGGACGACCGAAGCUCUCGACCAAUGAAAGGAUCAUGUUGGCUAGCAUGUUCCACUCAUUGUAUGCCAUCGGAAGUCAACUAUCCCCAGAGCAGAGGUCAUCAGGUAUUCAGCUUCUAGAGACAGAUGCUUUCAAACUUUAUUGCUAUCAGACACUAUCAGGUAUCAAGUUAAUAGUACUCUCUGACCCACGUCAGGGUAGCAUGGAAGGACUACUAAAGAAGAUCUAUGAACUCUACGCAGACUAUGCUCUCAAGAAUCCAUUCUACUCCAUAGACAUGCCAGUCAGAUGUGAGCUUUUUGAUUUGAACCUUCAAGCCACCUUAGAUGCUGCUGAGAGAUCAACAUUCUAUGCUCCAGGCUCGUGAUGAACCAUUCUGAGGACUGAGAAGAUCUGAAUGAAGACAUUUAAUGACUUUAAAAACUCUUUGAGCAUCAGAAUUCAUGUGGAAUCUGAAUCCAGUCUAGUGAUUACACUGUAACAGGUGUUGUCAAUUGCCCAAAGUGGAAUCCAGUUGAUGACCAAUAGCCAUCGUGUAAUGAUAUAACAAUUAUAUUCCGCAUUUUUAUAGCACUUAACACAUCGGAACAUCUCUAAGCGCUUCACAGAUAUAUUAUUACCCUGGUCAUCGGAUCCCUACAUGCCUGCAUGCAAUAAUGCACCUUCUCUACUCCCUGGGGAGCAUUCCAACAAGAGUUCUAAGAUUCGAUUGCUAGGCAUACUACAUAGGCUUUCGCAUCCUACCAGGUACCCAUUUAAC